AUGCGGUGGUUCAGGAAAGCUGAGCCGCCGCGGCUACUUGCCGUCUCCCCAGAGGCUGAUUCCAGGUCCUCGCGAAGAUCUAGAAUAGAUAUGUCUCCAGUUCGCUAUCAUAACAGAAAAAGUAGUAGCAGUUCUGUGGAAACAAAUUUUUACAAUUUAAGCGAUCAAAUAAUAAUUGUAGAAAAAUCGCCUCAUCCAUGUCAACGCAGCUCAGAAGGCCCAGUGACUCGACGAAUUUCAUUGCAAAAUGGUCCCACUUCGCCGCAAGAAAGCUGCAAUAGUCGCAAAAACCGCGGUGGCUCUUUAGAGAAAGAGUACGUGGUGUAUAGAGAAAAACGCAAUCCGUUACUCGAUAAAGUUAAAAAUACAAAACUAUCGUGUUUUAAAUCAAAUGCGCCAAUUCGACCCGGAGACGACGCUACAUCAACGUCAGGAAGUGAUUGCAGUGGAUUUGGACAAGUUGAAAACGUUUCGCACUGUCGUUAUACCGAUAACUACCCAGGACAUACCGAGUUUGAAAACCAAAACCCUUGGGUCAAGAUGCCAAAUUACGAUGACGAUGUGUUUUUUGCUAAAAGCCCAGUAGAAUGCAAUUGGCGAGAAGGAAAAUCCUUUACGAACAGGGGCACGAGAUGUUACAGCUCAGGAUCUGAAUGUGAUCGGUACCAUGUUAUACCUAAAGCGGGGACAAAACUGUCAAAAUCGAGUGAUCAAAUUUUUAAUGAUGACUAUGAAUCAUAUGAAGAAAUGUCAACUUCGAUUAAAAACUUUAAAAAGACUGAUAAGCUUAAGCCUAAAGAUGAUAAAGACACGAUCGGGCCUAGUUCUUGUCUUUCUGCUAAAUUACGCGCUAUGUCUGAUAGGUACUUAAGAUCUUCUACGAAUAAAUUUUUCUCAAAGCUUUAUAAACAAAACGGGGAAGAAGUAGACAUAGGUCCUAGUGGGAAUGAAGUUAUAGUUAAGUCAACCAGUGCAAUAAACAAAAGUCGUAAGAAACGUGGUGGGGUGAAAGCUAAGUUAAGAAGUUUUUCAUAUGGAGCUUUACCUGGACUUGAUGAAUUCCAAAAGAGCCACAGUUCUGUAUUUCAUGAUGACGUUUACCAAGUUUCAUGCGACGAUGAAAAUGUUUUAAUACACGACUGUGAAGAUGCAGACUCAGGUAUCCUAGUUAAUGAAUCCUCAUCUAUAUUUGAUAGUGAUAGAAUAUCGUCUAGAUGCGAAAGUUCUGCGUCACAUAACAAUCCACAAGUAGCCUGCCACAGCAGGAGUGUCUCUGGCGACCAAAGCUAUGCUAGAGCAAGGAUAUCUAGCAGGCGAAGCAGGGAAAAAAAUGAACCGAGACCUAAAGUACGACACAAUCAAAGGGCACUAUCAUUAGAUCGUAAAGAAAUUCUCAGACGAAUGCCUAAAAAUCCGGAUUUCGCUGAACCACAAUUUCUCCAACUGACUGAAAAGCAAAAAAUGCGUCAAAGAGAUGUUAGUCAAGGCGACUGUGGUAUUCCCCCUAUUCCACCAUGUCGAAAGCCUGCUAAAAACCAUAUAAAUAAACCUCAUUCAGAGUUUAAAGUGGUAAGAAUUGUAAGAAGAAAGCCUUCUGAUGAACUAGGAAUAUUUAUAGCCAAAACAAAGUUAUUAGACGAGGGUCAUGUGGGAUAUUUAGUGGCACACGUAGUUCCAGGAGGAUUAGCUGAUAAGGAAGGCACUUUACGCAUAGGAGAUGAGCUCCUUAAUGUCAACGGCAGAAGACUUCGAGAUCUAACUAUGUCAGAAGCCAAAGAAGCACUUAGGUCAGGUUCAUCCGAAAUAGAUAUUGUAAUUUGUAGACCACGUGAGCAAACUGUUCCCGAAACGAGACAAAGGGAACCGCCUCAGAAAAGUGUUAUACUAAUGCGGGAAAGUUCCGUGGACUACGAAAAUGCAAUAAUAUUAGGCAAAGAAAGACGUAAUGAUAAGUAUGACAUUAGGAUCGAACGUCAGUCUCAGGACGAAACUCCGUGUAAUCGCGACGCGCUAUCAGCAACGGACGAGGCCGAUGGCGCGGCGGAUACGCACUCCCGUUUCCUGAAAGGGCAGAACGCGAGCUAUAGCAGUAUGAACAACAAGUUACUGCGUCGACAGGUCGUGAGUUAUAGUGGUACGAAUAAAGAUGGAUUGACACUUAGUUGUACAGGUGAUGUUGUCGAUGUGGAUGUACCAGAUGGUGCCGAACGAACCUCAGAUAAGAAUGACUGUGACGUACAAGCCCAAAAUCCUACCAGUUUCUGCACAUUACCCCGAAGACCGCGAGCUCCUACGCACACAUAUCAUACCAUUACCUUUGAAAAAGGACACGGGAAGAAACCAUUGGGCUUCACCAUUGUGGGAGGACGCGACUCACCUCGAGGUCCUUUAGGAAUAUUCAUAAAGAGCAUCCUCCGACACGGGCAAGCAAUUGAUGAUGGAAGACUUAAAGCGGGUGAUGAGGUGCUAGCGGUAAACGGACAAGCAUGUCAUGAAUUAGCACAUGUAGAGGCUCUAGCUCUCUUCAAAGCUGUGAGAAAUGGCCCAAUCGAGCUCAGGGUUUGUCGCAGAGUUAAGAACCAGUCUACCAAAGCAAAAUCCUGCACAGAUCUACUAAAUGAUGACGAC